AAUCGGGCUUACAACGUCAGACACGAUGAGCUCCGAUGGCGUCGUCGAGUUCCCCGUCCUCACCGCCGCAAGCGUCGUAACUCGCUUCUGUUUACCUGAUGAAGACCUCCCGCACAUUGCACGACUAAUAGAUGCAUUUCUAGACACAAUUUCGUCCAAAUGGUCUCUCGCUCGUUGCUACAAACGGUUAGGAAGUCUGCGUUUGCUUCAGCACAUUGCUGCUCGAGCUCCAGCUAAUACAUUAGAUCCGUUCUACCGACGCUGGAUGCUCAAUGCGACUUCGUGGUUUAUUGCGACUCAAGGAGAUCUACCUGCACUUAAAUGGUUGAUGGAGAUUUAUCUCCCGAACGAACGGAUGGGGGCCGUAGUGUAUGCGGCUGCAGCCAAUGGACAUGUGGAGAUUCUCCAGUGGCUACACGAAUUUCAUUAUGAACGGAUCUACUGGAAUUGUAUCGAGAUGUGUGGAGCUCUAGAUUAUGGUCACGACGACACCGUGCAAUGGCUUAUGAAGCAUUCACCACCUCGUCCAGAAUGUUUAAAGUUGGUGAUGCAAUCUGCUGCGAAGACGGGGAAUACUGCAGCAGUUCAGUGGUUGUACAAUGAGUGUUAUGCUCCUGCUGAAGGCGCUCUCAUUCAUGCGCAAAAAGAGGGUCAUUGGGAGACAGCUCGAUGGAUUCUUGUGAACUGUGAUCUCGCUGUGCGUCGAAUACAAUGGGAUGGCGCUGCUGCAUGUGGCGCGCUGUCGUUCUUGAAAUAUGCGCACUCACGAGAAUUAGGGCAACCACGUUCGUCUACACUAUUAGCUGCAGCUUCAAACGGACACCUGGAAACUGUAAAAUGGCUUCACAACGAGGUGCACGUGCCACUGACUGCUGGAGCAAUGAGAAGAGCGGCGGAAAACGGGCAUUUAAAUGUAGUGCAGUGGCUUCACGGUAUGGACUGCGCACGGGGUGACGUUUGGACGAUGGAUAGUGCUGCGAAGAAUGGUCAUCUCGAUGUGGUGAAGUGGCUUCAUGAUAACCGUGACGAAGGAUGUAGCAGUAAAGCUAUGACUUGGGCAGCUGGUAAUGGCCAUCUAGCUGUCGUCAAAUGGCUUCACAUUUAUCGAACUGAAGGGUGCACGUAUCAAGCAAUGGACAAGGCAGCAGCGAAUGGGUUUCUGGAAGUAGUCCAGUGGCUACAUACGAAUCGUAGUGAAGGAUGUUCAACCGAAGCAAUGGAUGGAGCUGCUCGUGGAGGUCAUUUAGAAAUCGUGCAAUGGCUACACACUCAUCGGAGUGAGGGCUGCACGAAGGCAGCUAUGUGUCAUGCCGCUAGUGGUAGCCAUCUCGAACUGUUGAGAUGGCUUCACGAAAACAGAACUGAAGGGUGUACGCCCGCUGCGAUGGACUGGGCUGCCAGUUACGGUCAUUUGGAUGUAGUACAGUGGCUCCAUUCUAACCGAAGCGAAGGUUGUACAGCGAUAGCAAUGGCAGCUGCUGCUAUGAGAGGUCAUUUGGGUGUGGUAAAGUGGUUUCACUGCAAUCGCACCGAAGGCUGUUCAGUGGGUACGUUGUCGAGAGUAGCUGCCAGUGGUAACAUUGAGGUUGUAAAGUGGAUUUACGAGAGCCGUAGCGAGGUCGAAGUGCGUUCUGCGAUGAAGGAGGCUAUCGCUCAUGAUCGCUUUGAAAUUGUGCUGUAUUUACACUCGAAAGGCGUGGAAAUUGGUAGCUUUGCCGACGCAACAUUGUAUGGACCUAGCUGGGAGUUGACCCAGUGGUUGAUCAGUAACUGUGAAAAACAAAUGACUGGUUGCAGCUUUGAAAUUUCGACUUGGGAUUAUCGAUUCAACGACUGGUGUCGACAGUCCUCGAUGCAGCGAGUAAAUCAUGACGAGGAUACUACAUUGUGGAGAUACGAUUAACAAAGUGAAAGUGGAAUUAUAUUGUGCUGCUAGCGCAGAGGAUAUUGCUACGAAUUUGUUGGUACCCAGCACUAUUACAUGUCGAGAAUAAAUGCCCGUGUUAAU